AUACCAGAAGAAAAUGAAUUGUCACACCAGAACAUCAAGGAUCGAUAUUAUGGUACUAAUGAUCCGGUAGCCAAAAAAAUAUUAAACCGCGUAAAAGGAGGUGGGAAUUCUAACAUCACUCCACCAGAAGACAAGUCUAUCACUUCACUGUUUAUUACCGGCGUCGAAGAAGAUAUUACAGAAACAGAUCUUAGAGGUCACUUUUACGCGUUCGGAGAAAUCAAAUCAGUCGUUGUUGUUCACAAAUCUAAAUGCGCUUUCGUGAAUUAUGCAACUAGAGCAUCAGCCGAGCAAGCGAUAGAUAAAUCUCAUAAUAACCUAAUUAUUAAAGGACACACAUUGAAAGUAGCAUGGGGAAGGCCGAGACCUACAGGACCAAAGACGGAGGUACAAGCGGUAACAGCGCCGCAAGGUCUCAUACUUCCAGCACUUGAAUCUAUGGAAAUUCCUGCACCGCCUGGUGAAACUCCUGAUGGUUUCCUGUAUCCAAGUCAAG